GCUGUUGCCAGGGGAACGGGCCCCGCGCCGGGUGAGGCCCAGCCUGCCUUGGCCUGGCACGGCUUUCCAGCCAGCCGGUCCGAACUAAGGCUCGGAGGCCCAACCUCGGUCCGGGAUGGAGCCAGGCUCCGGGACGCGUCUCCUCCGGGUCCGGGGGACUGCCUCUGCCCGGACGGUCUGAAGUGCCGCCGCCCUGGGGAGGGUGGACGGGCAGGACGGGGCCGAGCCGCUGGCUGACCUUGGCAGGCCGCAUCUGGCGCAGCUGGGUGUGGUGGCACAUGCCUGUAAUCCCAAUACUCAGAAGGAAGAGGCAGGUAGUCGAGACCAGCUAUGGCUACAUAAUGUUUUCAAGUCCUCGAGCAGUCACUGAGCAUCUCCUAUAUACAAGCUGCAAUGACAGUACCUGACAGAAAGUACCCAAGGAAGCAGACUUCUGUCUCAUUGUUUCCGAGGGUUCCAGCCCACCGUGGUAGAGUAGUUCUUUUCAUGGAAGCUGUUUACAUCAUAGCAGACCAGGCAGUAGAGAGCAAGGAAGGAGAUGAACAUCUGUAACAAACCCUCCAACAAGACGGCCCCUGAGAAGAGUGUGUGGACAGCGCCUUCCCAGGACAGUGGCCCUUCCCCAGAACUGCAGGGCCAGCGGUCUCGACGGAAUGGAUGGAGCUGGCCCCCUCACCCACUCCAGAUCGUGGCCUGGCUGCUCUACCUCUUCUUCGCAGUGAUUGGCUUUGGGGUUCUGGUUCCCCUCCUGCCUCACCCCUGGGUGCCUGCUGGCUAUGCUUGCAUGGGUGCCAUCUUUGCUGGCCACCUUGUGGUGCACCUGACUGCUGUCUCCAUCGAUCCAGCAGAUGCCAAUGUGCGGGACAAGAGCUAUUCUGGGCCCCUGCCUAUCUUCAACCGCAGCCAGCAUGCACAUGUCAUUGAAGACCUGCACUGCAACCUGUGCGACGUGGAUGUGAGUGCGCGAUCCAAACACUGCAGCGCCUGUAACAAGUGCGUAUGCGGCUUCGACCAUCAUUGCAAAUGGCUCAACAACUGCGUGGGCGAGAGGAACUACCGGCUCUUUCUACACAGUGUGGCAUCUGCUUUAUUGGGUGUUCUGCUCCUGGUGCUGGUGGCCACAUAUGUCUUCGUGGAGUUCUUUGUCAACCCCAUGCGGCUUCGUACCAACCAACACUUUGAAGUCUUGAAGAAUCACACAGAUGUGUGGUUUGUGUUCUUGCCUGCUGCCCCUGUGGAGACCCAGGCUCCUGCCAUCCUGGCCCUGGCUGCCCUACUCAUCCUUCUAGGCCUGCUUUCUACAGCCCUGCUUGGCCACCUGCUCUGCUUCCACAUUUAUUUAAUGUGGCACAAGCUUACCACCUAUGAGUACAUCGUACAGCACCGUCCAGCUCAGGAAGCAAAGGAGACCCACAAGGAGCUUGAAUCAUGCCCCCGCAAGAUGCGGCCCAUACAGGAGAUGGAGUUUUACAUGAGGACCUUCAGCCAUGUGCGUCCAGAGCCCUCUGGCCAGGCCAGGCCAGCAGCAUUAAAUGCCAAUCCUUCCCAGUUUCUUGCCACCCAAGGCCAAGUGGAACCACCACUGCCCUCCUCCUCCUCAGACACACUGGCUCUGCCUCCACGGAUCCAACCCCAGAAAAAGAGGAAGCGGCGUGUGUAUAGAUUGCCGAGGUCUGGGAUCUUGGACCAGGAGCUCCCGCUGCCCAGGUUACGGGAGACUGGGACCCCUGGCCGCCACUCCAGCUCUUCAUCGGAUUCCACCAAUGCCAGUCCGGUGCAUGCGGCUGGCUCUGCAGGCGCUUACUACUCAGCAUCAGCCGAGUCCAUGGAAGAGAUUCCAGUGGCCCAGACACGCCUGGGCAGUGCUGCGCUGGGCGCCCCAGGAGCCAGGGGCCGAGAGUCCGGGCUGGCAGUACAGGCACGCUCGCCGGCCGUUUUUGUGAGCCCGAGCAGCGGCGAGCCCGGGACACCUGGCGGCGGUGAAGAUGGCCUGCCUUAGUGCGAACUAGAGGCAGGAGGGCCGUGUAGGAACGGCCGGCCCGACUCUAUGCAACACCCCAUCUUCGCCGCACCGAGUGCAUUUUAGGGGCCUCAAGGCCGGCGGGAUCGGCCUCCCUUGCCCAAGACUCAGCAAUAUCCGCUCCACCAGCCCUGAUGCUCCAAUAAACUUUUUUAUGCUUUUG